AUGGCAAGAUCCAUCUUUUUUUGCCUCUUCUUCUUCUUAUUCAUUUCUUGGAUUCCAAAGCUAACCACAAGCUAUCCUCUCUCCACAAAAUCUCGAUGGAUUGUGGACGAGAAAGGCCAAAGGGUGAAGUUAGCCUGUGUGAACUGGCCAGCUCAUCUCCAGCCCGCGGUGGCUGAAGGGCUAAGCAAACAACCAUUAGACUCCAUCUCCAAGAAGAUUGUCUCAAUGGGAUUUAACUGCGUUAGGCUCACUUGGCCUCUUGAUUUGAUGACUAACGAUACAUUGGCUCAUAAUGUUACGGUCAAACAGUCUUUUGAAGGCUUGAAGUUGUUUGAAGAUGUUCUUGGGAUUCAAACUCAUAAUCCCAAAAUCCUUAACCUUUCCAUAUUCAGAGCAUUCCAGGAAGUAGUGUCGAACUUGGGACAAAACGGAGUGAUGGUGAUACUAGACAACCAUUUAACAACGCCAGGUUGGUGUUGCAGCGAUAACGACCUAGACGCCUUCUUUGGCUACCCUAACUUUGAUCCCCUCGUCUGGGCCAAGGGCUUGAGCAAGAUGGCUUUUCUUUUCCGCAAUGCCACUAAUGUUGUUGGCAUGAGCCUUAGGAACGAGCCACGCGGCACUAGAGAUUACCCUGACCUCUGGUUCAGGUUCAUGCCAAAAGGAGCAGAAGCAGUGCACGCCGCAAACCCUAAAUUACUAGUCAUACUCUCCGGCAUAGAUUACGACACAAACCUCUCAUUCCUUCGUGACCGUUUCUUCAACGUCAGCUUCACCGAAAAACUCGUAUUCGAGCUCCAUUGGUACAGCUUCAGCGACGGCGGAGGCGCGUGGGCAAAACACAAUUCUAACGAUUUCUGCGCCAAAAUCAUAGAGAAAGUGACACACAACGGAGGAUUCUUGAUUGAGAGAGGCUUUCCUUUGAUCCUGAGUGAGUUUGGAACUGAAGAGAGUGGCGUCGACGUCAGCGGAAACCGGUAUAUGAAUUGUUUGGUUGCAUGGGCGGCUGAGAAUGAUUUGGAUUGGGCGGUUUGGGCGUUAACCGGAGAUUAUUAUUUGAGAAACGGACCCGGUUUACAACACAAAAACCUUAUCUUCCACCCAUUAACUGGCCUUUGCGUCACCAAUAAUCCAUCAGACAAUUCACCUACACUUCGAUUGGGACCAUGCCCUAAAUCCGAGCCAUCGACCUUUAAUCCUAAAGAAGGCAAUCUUUGGAUCAACAAAAUGUGCGUACAAGCUCCAAAUGUUGCUGGACAAAAGGUGAAGCUUGGAGUUGGCUCUAUGUGUUCAAAGUUGGGACAAAUCUCAGCUACUAAGAUGCAUUUGUCUUUCAAGACAAGUAAUGGUUUGUUGCUAUGUCUUGACGUGGACGAGCGUGACAACAGCGUCGUCGCUAACCCUUGCAAGUGUUUGACCAAGGAUGCUUCCUGUGAUCCAGCGAGCCAGUGGUUUAAAGUUCUUUAA